AUCAUUGAGUUGCAGAAUGAUUUUGAAAUUGAUUUGCGUCGUCAGCUUCAGAGGCAGUCUGCAGCACAUAGUGAUCAUUUGCAGCAAACAUUGCAAGAACAAGCUGGAAGUCUCGAAGAAAAAUGGUCACAUGAAACCGCAAACCGAAUUAGUGAGCUAGAAAAGAAACAUCAUUUGGAGUUAAAGGCUGUAUUAUCUCGUUUGCACGGAAUUGAGCAUGCCAUCGUAGAAAAAUCUGAAUUACUACAAAAAGGCAAACAAGCUCAGGAGUUGUGGCUAGCUUGCCAGUCUCUAGAUGCAGCUUUAAGUACUGACGUAACGGAUAAUAUUACUUGUCCUCUCAAGGAGCAUUUUCUUACUGUGGAAAAACUUCUUGAUGAUGAACCAUUAGCAAAUAUAGUGCUGCAAAUUAUUCCAAAAGUUGCAAUUGAGCGUGGCGUAUAUACUGAGGAGGGAUUGAUGCAACGAUUUGUUCGCGUUAAGAAAAUAGCCCAAAGGGUUAAUCUUGUUGGUGAAGAAAGAGUCGGUUUAUUGACUUAUGCAUUAUCUUAUUUUCAGUCUAUACUCAUGUUAAAUGUCAAGCCUAAUUUAGAUGUUAAGGAAAUUAAUCCCAAAGAUAUGGAUACUUACAAAUUACUUGCGUAUGCAGAUCAUUAUCUUUUCCACGGGGAAUUAGAACAAGCAGUGCGAUUUGUCAAUCAAUUACGAGGUGAGCCGAGGCGAGUUGCAAGUGAUUGGCUCCGCGAAGCGCGAUUAUUGUUAGAAACUCGUCAAGCUGUUAAUAUUAUAAAGCAGUUAUCUACUACAUACGGAAUGCGCUCCUUAUAA